AUGCCAUUGUGCAGCAACCAUAUUCUGAAUGACCCUGAGGAUCCUUCCAGAGCGAGGAGCGCUGAGCGAUUUGGAGUGAAUCAACAACUGCCAUGGCCCUUGACGCUGUGCCUGGCCCUGCAGGUAACUGUGUAUGUCUCAUCUGUGCAGCAGGUACUGGUCCAGUCCUCCCUGCUAGUGCUGGUUGUGGGAAUUCUGCAGGAGCAGCUUCAGCUGCAGGAGGGAGAGGAGGAGAGGCUCCUGGCUUCUGGCUUUUUCCACUCUGCUGUGUCCACACUGCUGCAGGGCUGGCUGGGCACACGCUUGCCUCUGCUUCAGACUCCUUCACCGGAGUUUAUUGUCCCUGCCAUUGUGCUUACCCACCGGUCCCCCACGCACAUUCGUCACAACUGGACUGAAGCAGUCUGCAGGGGGCCCUGCAUGGCAGGAGGCCAUUCCAUCACCAAAGCUGACCUCAUGAGGGAGCUCCAGGGAAUGGUUCUUACCAGUGGGCUAGUUCAGUUUGUUCUAGGUGCAAGUGGACUGAGUGGCCCAGUACUGCAGCGCUCAGGGCCACUGGUUUUGGCUCCCCUACUCUGUGUGCUUGGGUUCUCCAUCUACAGGGAGGCUGCUGUACUCUGCUCUGAGCACUGGGGUAUUGCCUCACUGGCAGUUCUGCUUGUAGUCUUCCUGUCUCAGCACCUACACUCCUGGCCCCUGCUCGCUACGGUGAGGUACCCUGUCUUCAGGAUGGUCUCAGUGCUUCUCCCACUGUUGACUGUAUGGGGCUUAUGUGCUGUUCUGGAGCACCUAGGAUACUUCCACCCUUGCUCAACCACUGAACUUCUGUCUACGCUGCACUCCAGAAACACUUCCACCACGUUCCUUUGGGCCACCCUUAAUACAUCCAGCACACUCAACUGGAUUAGCCUCAACAAAUCCACGGUCUCUUUGCGGAUUGCUCACAACAUGUCCCACAAUGCACCCUGGUUCAGCUUCCCUCUCACAGGUGAGAUAAGGUUGCCCCUGUUGUCAACCCUCAGUGUUGCAGCGGGUGUUGCUGCUGCCCUCUCAUCAUUCAUCAGUUCUCUGGGUGUCUACGUACUCACUGCAAGGCUCCUAGGAACUUCGCCCCCACCUCCCUAUGCCUGUAAUCGGGGGCUGUGUGCCGAGGGCCUCGGCACUGUUAGCGCCGCCUUACUGGGGGGUCCACUGGGGGUCAGUAGCAGUGUGCCCAAUGCCUGCGUAGUGGGACUUAGCCAGUGCGGAUCCCGUCGCUCUGUCCAGCUAGCGGCCAUGAUGAGCCUCCUCUUGGGGGUGUCACCCCGGCUUUCCCAGUUGCUCACCUCUUUUCCCCUCGGGGUUCAAGGAGCAGUUCUCAGUGUAACCUACACUGUUGCAGCAGGGACGGGCAUAACCUAUUUCCGGUAUACACACAUGGACUCUGGUCGCAACAUUUUCAACAUAGGCUUUGCAAUCUUCAUGUCGCUGUUGCUUCCACGAUGGUUCAAUCUCCACCCUUCCUUCAUCACUACAGGUGUGUCCAGUCUUGAUGUGCUGCUCCAGUCCCUGAUUACCUUACCUGUGUUCCUUGCUGGAUUCCUGGCUUUCUUUCUGGACAACACCGUGUCAGGGUCACUGUCAGAAAGGGGGCUCUCCUCUACCGCGAUGAAGAAACGGGCUCUAGAUGACAGGGUAGCCGAAUGCUCCCAAAAUCACUUCAAAAUCUACGAUCCUCCAGAACCUGUACGAAGAAUGUUGGACCUUCCUGGGAUCAGGGUUGUCCCUUUCUGUGCCUGCAGGAACCAAAUUAGUAAGGAUGUGGGGCUGGCUGCUCAGGAGAACUCUGAUUUACUGAAUGGCUUGGGAGAAAGCCAUGAUCAGGACCAGCAGGGGGCAUAAGGCGUAGCCCCUUGGACCAGAGGCUCAACAACUACCCAGGGCUCACUGGAUCCUCCCGAACUUUUGGUUUACGGUAGUUUCAUUGUGACACAGCAUUACCAGAAAGCACUGGACAUUUGAGGCAUUAUGCAACCCAUGGACAGAAGUACAGCCGUCACGAUUUCUAGUUUGAGCAAAUGGAAAUGUUGAGAAGUGAAAAGAACUGUGAUCCCAACUGGAGCAUCAGUGCAGCAUCCAGAAAACCAACAUCAAUGUUAAUUCCAGUUUAAUGUAGCACUUUAAAUAUUUAAAGUUCAAACACAUAGGCUGCAGUUAAUCGAGACAAGACUCCAAUGAAGUCAAUACUGCAGACACAUCCAAAUCUGGUCCAUUACCACUAAGAAGGAUGUCAGAGUGCAAUUCGCGAGGUCACCUUCUAGAAACGCAGACAGAGGAAAUCCUGAAUUCUACAAGACUGCCUGACUGUGUCCAUUCCUGUUGUACCUCUUUUGCUGGUUUUCCAUACAAAAAUACUGUAUUACUGU